GCUGAUUGGCUGCUGUGGGAGGGAGUGGGUUCGGCUGUGCGGGCGGAGCCAGGCCCUGAAUGGCUGGGCUUGGUCAUUCGCCAUAAGGGAGUCCGAAGCGUCACAUCCGGGUACUGAGUAACCCAGGCCGGGGAUUCUGGGCCUAGGACUGGCCUUCCUGCACGUAACACUUCGCGCACGGUGCUGUUCCUUUAAUUUUCUGAAUAUUCACACAAAGGGCAAUGUCAGAAGGUGAAGGCAAAACUGCCCCCAGCACAGGCUCAGACCCCAAGAUGGAGAGUGGGGUUUCCAUGUCACCGCCUGUUAGUGCCCCCCCUGCACCACCACAGGAGGAGGAAGAGGAGGAGAGUGAAGAUGAGUCUGAGAUCCUAGAGGAGUCUCCUUGCGGGCGCUGGCAGAAGAGACGUGAGGAGGUGAACCAGCGAAAUGUGCCUGGCAUUGACAGUGCCUACCUUGCAAUGGACACAGAGGAAGGAGUGGAGGUGGUCUGGAACGAGGUGCAGUUCUCUGAAAGGAAGAACUUCAAAAUGCAGGAGGAGAAAGUGAAAGCCGUGUUUGAUAAUCUUAUCCAGCUGGAGCAUCUUAACAUUGUCAAGUUCCACAAGUACUGGGCCGAUGUGAAGGAGAACCGAGCCCGGGUCAUCUUCAUCACAGAGUACAUGUCCUCGGGGAGUCUCAAGCAGUUCCUCAAGAAGACAAAGAAAAACCAUAAAACCAUGAAUGAAAAGGCCUGGAAGAGAUGGUGCACGCAGAUCCUCUCCGCUCUCAGCUACCUGCACUCCUGUGACCCCCCCAUAAUCCAUGGAAACCUGACGUGCGACACAAUUUUUAUUCAGCACAACGGACUCAUCAAGAUUGGAUCUGUUGCGCCGGACACCAUUAACAACCACGUGAAGACCUGCCGGGAGGAACAGAAGAACCUGCACUUCUUUGCUCCGGAGUACGGAGAAGUAACUAAUGUGACAACUGCGGUGGACAUUUACUCCUUUGGGAUGUGUGCGCUGGAGAUGGCGGUGCUGGAGAUCCAAGGAAACGGGGAGUCCUCGUAUGUUCCCCAGGAGGCGAUCAAUAAUGCCAUACAGUUCCUGGAAGAUCCGCUGCAGAGGGAGUUUAUCCAGAAGUGCCUUGAGACCGACCCCAGCAAGCGCCCCACAGCCCGGGAGUUACUCUUCCACCCCGCCCUGUUUGAGGUGCCAUCCCUGAAAUUACUCGCUGCGCACUGCAUUGUGGGUCACCAACAUAUGAUACCAGAAAACGCCUUAGAAGAAAUGACCAAAAACCUGGACAUGAGCGCCGUGCUUGCCGAGAUCUCGCACGCAGACCGCGAGGGAGUGCGGAUGAUAUUCUCCCAGUCCCCAGCGCUGGAGCUGGAUAAGUUCCUGGAAGAUGUCAGAAACGGCAUUUACCCCCUGACUGCAUUUGGGGUGCCCCGGCCUCAGCAACCCCAACAGGAGGUGGUCAAAUCCCCUGUGGUUCCCCCAUCUGUAAAGACCCCUACCCCAGAGCCAGCCGAGGUGGAGACCCGCAAGGUGGUGCAGAUGCAGUGCAACAUUGAGUCUGUGGAUGAGGGCGCCAAGCAUCACCUGACAUUGUUGCUAAAGCUGGAGGAUAAGCUGAACAGACACCUGAGCUGUGACCUGCUGCCCAAUGAGAACAUUCAGGAGCUGGCAGCAGAGCUGGUACAGUUGGGCUUUGUCAGUGAGUCCGACCAGAUUCGACUCGCCUGUUUACUUGAAGAAGCUUUCAGCAAGUUCUACUUUGCUCGCAACGGAAGCAUGGCCGCCGUCACCGUGUCGUCGUAGCGAUAGCAACAGCCUUUGCCUUCCCGCCGCUGCCGCACUCACCCCACAGACGUGCUAUUUACUUUUGUGCCAGAAGGCAGAGCCGGCCGCGUCGGGCACCUGGCGAAAGCUCCAUCAGAUCAUUCUGUUACGUUCCCCCCGCUGCAAGGGGGGUUGGAGGAGUAGUGUCGCCCCCUAGUGGCGCCCUGCAGCCUCUCCUUCUGCUUCGCCCCCCCCUGUGUCACCGCAGGCUGCGGGGCGGCCAAUGCCUUUACCUCAAUACAAAGACACCGCCCAGUAGGAAACUUACUACAGUUUGAGUUGUGCCCCCUUAGGGGGUGGUAAGAGACGCGUUUUGGUGGCCGCACCUUAUUGGAGGAGAGAGGAAGACUCUGUGAGGGCUGUGAGGGGGAGUCCAUUUGCUUGUGUUUACAAUGUCUGCUUCUUUUCUAGAAACUUCCUGCAGAAGUCUGCCAUUGCACCCUGGUUAUACCCCCUGGCACCCUAACCUGGGGGGCAUCACAGCUGUAACAUUAUAGGCCACGGGGUCUCUCUAUCAGCCCCUCCCUUCUCUCUCUAAUGUAACGUGUGACCGCUUCUUCCCGUUCUUACAAGUCGUUCCCUGAUCAGCGCUGAGAGCGCCCCCCCCUGGCCAAUAAUGGGGUAACAAGUUCAGUAAUUAGUCCCGUCCCCCUGUGUGAGGGGCAGAGACCUGCAGGGAGGUACUGAGGCUGGGGGCACUCCUGGGCACGGAUAGGGUACGUAUGGCCUGUUGCCAUUGUGAGCCCGGCUCUGCUGCCAUACUGCACAUACGGUCCCUUACCUAUAAAGGUGGCAGUACCCGCUGGGCACAGUCCCAUAGCUGCAUGAACGCCCAACUGUACCAACUCCCAGCAGCCAUUAUGGGGCCGACCCGGCCAUAGCAAGUUAGAGGCAUAGUUACAAAGUGCACGUUCCCAUGGGCACAGGAGGGCACGCCGCCAGGCGCUGGGUGUGAGGGUGCCCGGGGUGCCAGCAAGCAGUCAGACUCUCUCCCUUCAGUUUAUGGUUUACUAGGAAUGGAAAUGUCACUGCCAGACUGAGCGGCCUAUGGAGCCGGGGCGGGGCCGCAGACUAUCACUCCCACGUCGUACCGUCAAGUUUACUCUGCAGGGUGAGUUACAGGAGGGUCCCCAUCAUUUUGUGGGUGCCAAGGGGGACCUGACAGGUUCAUAUGCAGUGCUGUUGGCUUUGCACAGUCUCACUCACCCCUUUCCUGUUGUGAAACAUCCGUGUUUAUUUGUAACUAAUAUUUUAGUUUCUUUUCUCUGUAAAUAAAACUGUUUGUUGUAUUAAA